AUGGAGAGUGCAGUGAAAGAAGCUGAAAUCAUAGAAAUGGUAGAUACAAGUUCAGAAUUAACUUCAGCAGCGACAAAAUCGACGAAUCGAGGCAGGUUGAAUGCAAAUUUUUAUUCUGAAAAUAUAAUUCGUAAUCCUGUUGAAGAAGGUCACUCUUCAAAAUACCCUCCAGUGUCUACAACUAUACACAAUCAGGAGCUAGACAAAAAUCAGAUUGUUUCGGACUGGGUCAAUGCUAUAAAUUCCAGUCAAAUUGAUGAUUACCCGAACCCUGUUAUUCAAAAUAAGGUUGAAUCAGAUGUUGAUAAACUUUGCAAAGCCUUGAGUGUAGUUUUGAGAACUGUUAAUCCAGCGCCGACAAAAGUGAAACCUGAUGCUUUUUUUGCACGACAAUCUAUAGAAAGAGAAUGUCCAAUAUUUGAUGGAAAAUCAGAAGACUGGCCGAUAUUCAUCUCUCAUUUCAGGAAGAUAUCCACAAUGUGCGACUUUACAAAGGAAGAGUCAAUGAUGAAAUUACAGAAAUGUCUGAGGGGAGAAGCAAAACAAGCCGUUGCUGGUAUGAUGAUCAGUCCUGAAAACAUUGAGCAAGUAAUUAAGACUCUUGAAAUGAGAUUUGGUAGACCGGACCAAAUUAUUGAUACAAUUCUGGAUAAAUUGAAAACCUUCUAUCCAAUUCGCGAAAAUGAUAUGGAAAAAAUCAUACAAUUCGCAAGUUAUGUGAACUCAUUAGUCAGUACGAUAAAAUCAUUAAAUUAUGAUGCCCAUCUGCAGAAUCCCAGUGUUUUGAAAAUGAUGUUACGGAAAUUACCUGAUAUGUUGAAACUUCGUUGGGGCGAGGAAAUUUUGAAGAAAAAUGGUGACGUUAAUCUUGAAGAUUUUGCCUUAUGGUUAAUGCAAAUAGCCAAUGCCGCAUGUUUUGUUACAACGCCCAGAACGUCAUAUGACACAAAAAAUACAUCGAGAACACAAAAUUUUUAUAAUAAGAAGAUCGAGAAGACUUUGAUGAUAUCUACAUCACGAAACUCAAUGAAUUGUGGGUACUGCAGCAGUAACGGACACACAACAAAUAAAUGUGAAAACAUUGUAGCUGACGAUAUUGAAACCAGGUGGAAAACUGUAACGAAGAAUAAAUUAUGCUUUUCCUGCCUCAGAAACAAUCAUCAGGCAGUAAAGUGUCGGUUGAAGAAAAUUUGUGGCGUCAAUGGUUGUAAACGUUUCCAUCAUCGAUACUUACAUGAAGAUGAAACCACUAAGAUUCCAAACGAAGAAACUCAAGAAAAUGCAGGUCCUGUGAACUCUUAUGAACCACUCUUUACUACCAGAGAUGGUGGGAGUGUUCUGCUUAGAAUGAUAAAUGUCAAAAUUUUUGGUAAUGGCAGAAUAAUACAUACAGUCGCCUUGUGUGAUGAAGCAUCUUCUGUUAGCCUAAUAGACCAUUCACUUCUUGAAGAUCUCAAUAUUCACGGGGAAGUCCAACCGUUAUGUGUUCAAUGGACCAACCAGAUGACAGCACGACACGAAGAUUCGAUAUGUGUUAAUUUGAAAAUUUCAGGAAACUAUGAGGAAGCCAAAACAUUUACAAUGAAAAACGUCCGCUCAGUAAAAAAUUUGUCGCUACCAAAACAACAUGUCUCAGCUUCAGAAUGGCAAAAAUUGUCAUUCUUGAAUGGAAUACCGCUAGAGGACAUAUGUGAACAGCCAAUGAUUCUUAUAGGGCAGGAUAACAUAAGACUUACUCUUCCUAGACGGAUCAUCCAAGGUCCUGAACAUCUACCAAUAGCAACCAAGACUCACCUCGGCUGGAUCCUUCAUGGGAAUACUUCCGGCAGGACAGAAGAAAAAUAUAUUUUUCAUAUAUGCGACAAUAAUCUUUCCGACGAAAAAUUUCAUGUAUGCGACAAUCCUUAUUCAGACGAAAUGCUUCAUAAGUUAGUGAAAAAAUCAUCCACGUUGGAUGCCUUCGGUGUUUCGGCUUCAGCACAAACAAAAAGAGAUAAAGAAAAUGAUAGAGCUGUUGAUGUAAUGAAACGCACCAUAAAUCGAAUCGGGCAAAGAUUCGAAAUAGGACUACUUUGGAAAGAAGAUGAUAUGAAAUUACCAGAAAGUAAAUCAGUCGCCUAUCGAAGACUAUUAUGCGUCGAAAAACAGAUGCUGAAAGAUGAUAUCUUCAAAAAGAAAUAUUGCGAUAACAUCCAGAAAUACAUAGAUAAAGGAUAUGCACGCAAACUGACCGGAGAAGAAGCGAAGAAAGAAGGAGCAAGAACUUGGUACCUUCCUCAUUUUGGUGUAAUCAACCCACAUAAACCCCAGAAACUCCGACUUGUAUUUGACGCUGCAGCUAAAUCUCAUGGAAUAUUUUUGAACAGUAAUCUUCUUGCUGGUCCCGAUUACCUUCAAUCUCUAGUGGCAGUUUUGAUAAGAUUCAGGGAAAGAAAAGUUGCAUUUUCUAGUGACAUUCGAGAAAUGUUUCAUCAAGUCAGAAUAACAGAAAUAGACCAAGAUUCUCAACGGUUUUUGUGGAGAAACGGUGAAACAAAUCGACAUUGUGAUGUAUAUCAGAUGCAGGUCAUGACAUUUGGUGCUACGUGCUCCCCCACUUGUGCCCAAUAUGUAAAAAAUUGCAAUGCUCGUCAAGUUGGAACAUCGGACAGAGUAAUAGAAGCAAUAACCAGACGUCAUUAUGUUGAUGAUUAUUUGGACUGUGUUGAUUCUCCUCUAGAAGCAUACAAUCUUAUAACAGAAGUAAGCAGAACACAAUCUGAAGCGGGUUUCGAAUUGGUGAAUUGGACUACCAAUUCAAAAGAACUGAUGAAAAUGAUGUCCUUCGAUGAAAAUCUAAAUAAAGAUCUGAACCUUGAUAUGGAGAUGUCUCUGCAAAGAGUUCUAGGACUGUCAUGGAGCUCAGCUGAAGAUAAACUCGUUUUCAAGUUGAAUUUCCAUCCUGAACAGAAUCGAGAGAGACCUACGAAACGACAUGUGCUGAGAAUAAUAAUGUCUGUUUUUGAUCCACUCGGUUUUCUUGUGAACUUCAUAAUUCGAGGCAGGAUUUUGGUCCAAGAUAUUUGGCGAAGUGGCAUUGGAUGGGAUGACUUCAUAGAUGAUGACAUAUAUAAAACAUGGUUAUUAUGGCUAGCAGAUCUACAAAAAGUGAUCAGUUUAAAGAUUCCGCGGUGUUAUUCCCUUAAAAUUCCUGUAGCUGAAAGUAUCGAAUUGCAUGUCUUUUGUGAUAGCAGCAAAAAAGCGUUUGCAGCUGUUGCAUAUUUGCGAAUAAUACAUGCUUGCGGCAUAGACAUUUGA